AGGCAUCCAUCCAUCCAUUCAAUCAAUCAAUCAAUCGGAGAGUUUGUCCCUCGCCCACGAUCGUAGUGGUCGAAUUCGACAUUGCGAGAUGCCCCUCAGAGCACGGUUCUGUCCAAUCGACCGAUGCAAGCAGCGCGAUGAGAUGAAUUAGAAUUCAUCUCAUCGCGCUUCGUUCUUGACACGAACGUCCUAAGAAACCGAAGUUUCUCAAAACCCAGUCAGUCCGUCGUGAGACUCGAUGAGCUCUUCGGUAAAACGUCGUCUUUCUUCGCUCGGUCCGAGUCUUCAAGGGACGUAGAUUCCAAACUUCUGGAAUCCGCAAUGUGGUGGAUUUCGGCCUCAACCGGAGUGAAAGUGGAGGUAGUUCGAUUCAAUUUCAUAGAGUGAUUCAGAUUUGCUUUCGGCUUCGUCCAUAGCUGAAGGAGCAAAGCGUCAUUCCGACCUUCGAGCGUUUCGGCGAGGUUGCGGUGCGCUACAGACCAUCCCAGCGCCAACCAGAAGCGAUAGCGAGACUCGACUUUAGACUCUAGCCGCUCUAGAUUCAGCUCUCGUCGAUCCUUCGUCCAUCAUCUUCCUUCCUUCACACACUCCAAAAAGCCACUCUCCCCGGGGCCGGGUCCCAAGCCGAGGGGAGUGUGAAACGACGAAAUUGCAGAACCUUCUCAAAAACCUUCUCGGAUCGUAAACGUCAAAUGGAUGGAGGACAAACUCGAUCGAGAGAGAGAGCCUGUAUAUUCUCAGAGAUGCUUCCUCGAUGAUAGCGGCGGCGUCGUUGUUCCGCGUGCUGACAGGUCGAAGGCUUACGUACUCAUUCCGGAGACAGAGAUUCGACGUGAGCUGUAACGUGGCUAGCAAGCGACUCACGGUCGACAUCUGGCUCGCAAUUCGGAAGCCGACUGCAACGUGCGGGCCAAUCGGAGUAGCGAUUCCCACCCGCAACAACAGCGACAUCGACAGCGACGUCCGCCAGUCGCCUCGUUGAUGGACUGUACUUGAUUUGAUAGCGAGGGUCAUCACCAACCCACAUCCGAUUCGACCGAGAACCUCUGAACGGAGUACUCCCUCGCUCCAUCACUUUCUGGAAAGUGUUUCUCGGAAGAUGCUCCAGUACACAGCUGUGAACACCUGCAGCAGAGACGGAUGAAGGUUGUUGCGGGCCCAUGCCCACCAAGAUGCAGCUCUCAGAGUAAUCGUCUGCCAGAACUCCGACGAGGUACUUCGAUUUUGACUCUAGAUCCCGGACUGUGAUUCUCUCUCCAUUGCGCUCCCCCGACGAUUGCUUUGCUCUGCUGAGAUCGUCCGUUUGUCCUCGUCAUGUCAAACGAUGGCGAUCUUCUGUGGAUUUGGCAGAUUCAAGCGCAGGGUGAGCGAUGACGACCGGAUGUGAGUUCUAGUUUCCUGAUCCCUCGUGGUCGGCAAGCCCUUGGCUAGCUGUCCGACGUCGUCAUAGCUUUUCGUUUUCUUAAAGGUUGGAGUUGCUUUUGGAGCACGAUUCUCUCUACGAACGCGAUUAUUUAAAGAGUCCUCGAUCGGGAUCGGCUUGUCUUAGUGCAAUCCAGCAGAAAUCAAGUCAUCUGCAUGUGGAGGAAAACUCCGAUCGGGCUCGAUCUGCAUGUGGAAGAAAACUCCGAUCGGGCUCGAUUUUGAUUGUCUCAUGAAUUAUUCCCACCAUCCACUUCUGAUUAAAAUUCUUCAUAGAUUACAGAUGCAGCGCAACAAAGCUACCCAGCUGCAGUCACGUAUCUAAGAAGUCAUUCGAAUGUUGACAUCUUUACCCUCUUUUUUACAGACUCCGCAACAUCCACAACGUAAAACUACGUUCACAUGCAAAUCAUUUUACCCAUGAGGUUUGCAAAGCAGUAUUGGUCUCUUCAAAAGCCUGCCGCUUGAAGAGUGCACAUCGAGUGUUACUAAAGCACAUCUUGAACACUGCAUGUGGUCGGAACAUGCAGUUCCGACCACAUGCAGUGUUCCAAAUUGCACUCGUGUUUAAACAAGGCCACCAACUGUGUAAAAAUAACAUAAUCUGAUCUUUAUUCCGUGUC